AUGACACGGGGCGGGAACCAACCAGACACAAUUCCCCCGCGAGGCCGUGGGGACACCCGCAGACCUGAGGGCUUCCACCCAGGGGAUGCUAGUCUCAGGCCCAACGAGGCCCCCAAGGGGCCCCCACACAACUGCGGGGUCCCCAGCCCCAGAGCCCACGGAGAGGGGCGGAGGUCUCCUCCUGAUACUGAUUGUGUAAAAGAUCUCUCACUGUCUGUGUUUGCUGGGGUCGGCUCACUGGAGAAGGAUGGCUGUGAGCUUCGUCGGGGUCCCGUGGGAACCAUCACAGUGGCUGUGGGGUCCCUUUCCUCAGGCCACGGGGAUGGGCAGACGCCGAACAGACAGCAGGCAGGGACCCCCGUGCAGAUGCCUGGGGACGGAGAGCGGCUUCAGGGUGUCGGGGGGCUCCGGGCUCCCCCACCUCCCCGCCCCCAGCUGUCAGUCAGGCCCUCCGGGCCCCCUUCAAGUCGUCACGGCCCAGCGGUGGCCCGGGGAGGGAUUAUUCCGGGCUGUCCAGGGUGGACUCAAGUGGAACAGGCGCGGACGAGCGGAACGCGGCCCCGCGGGCGGGCCGGGCUGCCCGCCUUUGUCCACCGCCCGGAACGGCCGCCGCCCCCCGGCCGGCGCUUUGUGCGUCCGUCCUGGGUCGCUCGGCCGAGGGCGCCGUCCGCGCGGCCGCUCCGCCACCCCGGCCUUGGUUUCCCCGCCUGUGCCGCGGGUGUCCCCCGUGGGCGUCCCCCCGUGGGUGCCCCCUCGGCCCCUCUCCCCGUGCCAGAGCGUGCGCGCGGGUCACGUGGGCGGAGGGCAGUGUGGGAAUGUCGCCGAGCGCCCCGGCGUCCCCAGGGCGCGCCGAGCGUCCUCCGCCCGGCCUUUGUUCAGGAAAUUCGUGGUGGCAGGGAGAACCGAUCCCCUCGCCGCCUGAAUGCAGCCGCGGCAAAUGCUGUUGACCCCUGA